AGGUUAAAGGAUUAGUAAUAGUUUAGUUUUUCUUUUUAGGUUUUGAUUUAAUAGUUAACAAGUAUCCUUAAGUGUUCGACGAGUUAAAGUAAAUGUUUAUAUAUUGAUGUGUGUUUUUGAUUUGUUGGACAGAUAUGACGCUCAAUGCAAUUUACACUGAUUGUGGGAGUUGAAAUGUAACAGCUUAAUGCUAAUCGAAUCGAACAAUGAGUACAUCUAAAGAAAGAUUUAUUUAUGGCCGAGAUACAAGUAGUGACACGGAAGAUUAUCAAGAAAUCGACGAACACAGGAGAAAAGUGUUUAAAAAUCGCUUAAGUUACUGCGGUUCCUCUAAGCCCAAGCCUUGUUUGGUGCAGAAGAGCUCUCCAUCAUUGUCAAAACAAGGCAUGAGCAAUAUCUCUAGAGCUAGGUCAAGAAAUAAUUUUUCUGCUUCAAAAGCUCAAAUGAAUCAACAAGUUGUAUUAAAUGCUCCUGGAUCAAGUAAUAUGAGUGAAGAGAGGGUGACAUUAGUCGUUGAUAACACAAGAUUUAUAGUUGACCCUGGUAUUUUUACUGCACAUCCGAACACAAUGCUAGGAAGGAUGUUUAGUUCCGGUCUUGAAUUCACCCAUCCGAAUGAAAGAGGCGAGUAUGAAGUUGCUGAUGGCAUAUCUGCCACCGUAUUUCGUUUAAUCUUGGAAUACUACAAAGGAAAAAUGAUUAAAUGCCCUCCGACAGUGGCAGUACAGGAAUUGAGAGAGGCGUGCGAUUACUUACUGAUUCCUUUUGAUGGAAACACUGUAAAAUGUCAAAAUCUAAGGGGUCUACUUCACGAGCUGUCUAAUGAAGGAGCACGGUGCCAGUUUGAAGUCUUUCUAGAAGAUCUUAUUCUUCCUUUGAUGGUCAAUUCUGCCGACAGAGGCGAUCGAGAGUGUCAUGUUGUUGUUCUUCUAGAUGAUGAUUCAGUUGAUUGGGAUGAAGAAUAUCCUCCACAGAUGGGAGAAGAAUAUUCUCAAACCGUAAAUAGCACUGCAAUGUAUAGAUUUUUUAAGUACAUAGAGAACAGAGAUGUCGCUAAACAAGUGAUGAAAGAGAGGGGACUCAAAAAAAUCCGAUUAGGAAUAGAAGGAUAUCCCACUCACAAAGAAAAGAUUAAAAAAAGACCGGGAGGUCGUGCUGAAGUAAUUUAUAACUACGUCCAACGUCCAUUCAUUCAUAUGUCAUGGGAAAAGGAAGAAGCAAAGAGUAGACAUGUGGAUUUCCAGUGUGUCAAAUCCAAAUCGGUGACAAACCUUGCUGAAGCUACUGCUGAUCCCGUUUUGGAAUUGGAUGCUAGGGGAAAUCCAAUUCAGUUGGCCGCUGGUAUUCCAUCCACAGAAGGGGAAGAAGGAGCUGUUGGUGGAGUCGAUCCUCCUCCUCCUGUCCAUUUCCCAGCAGAUUGAUUCUCGUGAAUCAAUUUUUAUAAAUAUUUGUUUAACAAUUUUUAUUGCUUUUAGUCUUUCUUGCCAUGGGGAUGGUAUUUUGAUUGUAUAUUAAACCAAUGAAGCAUAAAUUAUAUUAACUGAUUGUAAGAGUUUUACAAGUGAAUGCAUUAAUUUUUGUUUUUCUUGUUCACUUUACUUACGUAUAUAUGUAUCCAUUGUGCCAAAUGUACUUUUAAAGAAUCUCCAUCUUGUAUGUUUACAGUCACUUGUAGUAAUAUUGCAUUUCAUAAGAUAAAUAAUAUUGAUUUUAA